GCAGAGAGAGGGCCACCCUUGUCUUUACCUUCCUGGGGAUACUGAGAGCCGAUUGUUUCAGCUGCUGACCCCUACCUAGCUGGUCACAGGCCAGAGCCCUGAGGACACCUUCACUCCAAAAAUGUCUCACUACUGAGAACAUUCCAGGCUGCCCCCUCACCUUGCCAUCUCCCCUCCCCCACCCCUGUUUCCUCUGUCUAGGUCCCAGAGCCUGUGUGUGUACCCCCCUGAGACAACACUGACACUCCCUACUGUUUGCCAAGCCCCAAGACUCCGAGGUGCCCAGGCCAGCUGUCUGGGCAGGACCAAUGUCUGGUCAGCCACCAAUAUCAGGUAAUGGUCCCCAAGAUUGUUAAACAAGGCCAAACACUCCUGGCCCCAAGAGGAUGGAACGGAAAAAGAAAAAGGUCACUGAGAGCCCAGAGGAGCCCCUGAAUACCUUACAGAGUGUGGAAUCUGUCACCAGCCACCUGUCUCCCCCUAACAAGGAGACCAUCAUGGUCACUCUCCAUGGGGCCACCAACCUUCCCACCUGCAAGGAUGGCUCUGAGCCAUGGCCCUAUGUGGUCGUCAGCAUUCAGCGUCUGCCUCAGGCUCUUGCCCACAUUUCCUUUUGGGGAGCGCCUGGACCAGCCGUCUCCCAGCACGUGCUGAAAUCCUGCCUUCAAAGCCUUAUUCAUGACUACCUCCUCCUCCAGGCAGCCACCAGAGUUGAGCUCUCCCCUCUGGAGCUGCACAGCAGUGGCAACUCUGAUCUGACACACUUCAGGCAAACCACAUCUGGGGAUGUGAAGAACCAGAACACCAAGGCCAUCACGUCUGUGACUACAGAGCCCACCACAGCCCCCAUCUGGGGGGACACGGUCAAAGUGGAGCUCCAGGCUGAGGAUGCAAGUCGAGAAGAUAUGGUUCUCAAGGUGGUGGACAAUAAAAAUAAAGAGGAGCUAUUGUCCUACCAAAUCCCCAUCAAGUACCUGUAUCUCUUCCACCCCUACCACUUUGAGCUGGUGAAGCCCACCCAGUCUGGGAAAGCUGAGGAAGCCACUGCCAACACCCAACUGUAUGCGACUCUCAUUCGGAAAGGCAGCUUCUUCCCCCGCUACAUCGGCAGCAACCACACAGCUCUGGAGGUCUUUCUCCGGGGAGUCAAUGAGCCCCUGAUCAACAACUCUGACCCGAUGGUGGUCAUUGCCAGGGUGGUUCCCAACUACAGUGAUUUUAAAGCCAAUCAAAUGAAGCAGGACCCAGCUUUUAUGGGGUUGCCCAUCACCCCACUUCCCUUCCCAAUCUCCUCUCAGCUGCACUUGGAUGUUCAUCGGGUCAGCCAGAACGGGUGUCCUCAGCUGUCCAAGCCUGGGGGACCCCCGGAACUGCCCUCGUGGAAUCAGUCCUUCCUCUUUCAAGGCCGGGAUGGAGCCACCAACUUCUCGGAAGACACAGCCCUGGUGCUGGAGUUCUACCCCUCAACUUCCAUGAAAGGCAGUGAGCCAUGGACGCUCAGCAAGCCCCUGGGCGUCUCCGUGUUGCCGCUCAAAAACCAACUGUACCACAGAAUGCUGACAGGGAAAGGUCUGAAUGGGCUGCACCUGGAGAGGCUCCCCAUCACUGACACCAGGCUGAAAACCAUAAAUGGUGAGGCUCCCACAGUGGAUAUCUCUUUCCAGCUGCUUUCUUCCGAGAAGCCAGAAAACUUCUUGACACCAAACAACAGCAAGGUUCUGCCCAUCCUAGACCUCAAGAUCUUAGAUGAGAAGGUGGGUACCAUCCAUGAGUCCUGGUCCAACACCACGGUGAGCUCUACAAUGGACUAUAGCACAUCCACCUCUCUGGAAGCAGAGGAAGACCCUCUGGUGCCCAAGAUGUCCUGUGAAACGGAGAUGAACUACCGGCGGGCCAUGCAGAAGAUGGCAGAGGACAUCUUGUCGCUGCGGAAACAGAUCAGCGUCCUGGAGGCCGAGAACUACAUUCUGAGGAGCCAGCUAGCCCAGGGGGAGGCGGAAGAGGAGCAGGAUGAUGCCAACAAGGCCCAGAAUCUGGUGCUCAUGAAGCAGAAACUGCUGCUGUGCGAGCUGGACGUGAAGAAGCUGCGGGACAAAGUGCAGCAUUUGCAGAAUGAACUGAUUCGAAAGAAUGAUCGUGAGAAGGAGCUACUCCUCCUGCAUCAGGCUCAGUGGCCGCAGGCUGCGCUGCUGAAGCAGUACCAACACAAGCUCCAGAAGAUGAAGCUGCUGGAGGAGACUGUACGGCACCAGGAGAAGGUGAUUGAGAAGAUGGAGCGGGUGCUGGAGGACAAGCUGUGGGAUAGGAAGGAGCCCCUGUUCACCAGACUGCAGGGAAAGCCCAACGUGGGUCCUGCAAGAGAGAACCUUCCUGUGGACCUGUACUCUGUGCUGCUGGCAGAAAACUCCAGGCUGCGGGCAGAGCUGGAUAAGAACCGCCACCAGGCUGCCCCCAUCAUUCUGCAGCAGCAGGCCCUGCCGGUGGACCCCAAGGAGCUGGGAGCAGGAAGAGACCUGGCAGAGAGAUUUCAGGAGACAGAUGGCCCAGGCCACUCCACGGGCACAGAGACCCUGCCCGUACAGGAUCUCCUUGGCAAUACUUCAGACAAGUUCAAUCUUCUGGCCAAGCUAGAACGAGCUCAGAGCCGGAUCCUAUCCCUGGAAAGCCAGUUAGAGGACUCAGCCCGACGCUGGGGACGAGAGAAGCAGGACUUGGCCACACGGCUGCAGGAGCAAGAGUAUGGCUUGGGGCAAUCCUCAGACUCCAUCACCACUGACCUGCCUAACUACUCGGCCCUCUCCAAGGACGACAGGCGACCCUCGAAACUGGACCCCUCAAUGCCCAGCUUGGAGACUAAGUUCAACAAGCCCUCAAGCUCCCAGAAGACCUGAGUCUUAGCAGACCUGAGGGCUGGAGCAGGCCUCCCUCUCUGCGAGCUGGGGGGUCUGAUUCCCCUCCAAAUGACUUCAUUAAAUGCUGUAAGUCAGUGA